AUGGUGCAUCGUAGUCAUUGCAUCUUAUGCGGAGAAACGAUGAGCCAUUCAAAAUUGCGCUGGUCCUCCACAAACAAUCGGCACAGAGCUAUACUGUUGUCGUCCCACGUUGUAUUUGGAGCAGCCGAUGUCGGACAUAUGAGAGAUGUGUAUUAUAUAUUGGCUAAUAAUCAUAAACGAUUGUGUCACCGACAUUUCGCAGAUGCAGCCAAGUUCCUGGCUGGAGAGAUGGCAGCCAUGGGGAUUCCAUUUUCUCAUUUCGAAGAUCCUUCUGCUAUCGGGUGUACUGCAUACGUGAGCGAGACCGACGUACCACUCCAUCUUGUGGAUUGUUUGAAUGCAGCAGUCAAACUGUUCGAAAAAGACGUUCUGAUCACAGUUAGAGACGUCACCGUCUAUUUAAACGGUUCCUUACGGCGAUAUUACUCUGAGUCUGGAUGGAAUACGGUGGCGAAUCCACCUCCCAAAUGGAAAACUAAAGGGAGAAGGCUGGGGAAGAGAACCAAGAAGCACGAAGACAAUCAGAUUAGCGAUGAAUUGGUGUUCAACGACGCGGAUGCAGAGGACGUGAAGGAUUUCGACAUGCUCGACCAUACUGGGAGUGUACCUGAGAAUGAAACAGAAAGUACUGGGCUUGAUUAUGGAAUUCCACUUUCUGAGUUGGCUAACACUUCUGCCAUAAAGAAGGAGCCAAUUUUCGACUCAGCGGAAGACCAGGAGAGUUCCUCUGCUGCAAUUCUUCACCGAGGUCCAAAGCUAGAAAGCACAAAUCCAGCAUUUUUAAAGCAGUCAUUCGUCGUCGAUGGAGAAACACUCUUGAAGCUUUUCCGAUUCUGUCCUCAAUGUGGUAUGCAGCUCUCUAACGACGGCAGUGUGCAACUGGAUGCAGUCGGAGCUAUACCCAUUGUGCAGUACGUCUGCAUCAGGUGUUAUGAAAACGCUCCAUCCAUAAAAGUGUGGAGAGGACAAAAAUGA